AUGAGUCCUUUUUCAAAUUUCGUAGUUCCUCUUGUUUCCUUUACUUUGUUCACCAUUUUCCUCUUCAAAUGGUUCUCUAAUCCGGCUUCAACAGCGAGGAAAAGGUUACCGCCAUCGCCACCAAAGCUUCCCGUGAUUGGUAAUCUUCACCAACUCGGCUUAUACCCUCAUAUCGCGCUGCAAGCGCUAUCCAAACGCUAUGGUCCCCUCAUGAUGCUUCAUCUGGGACGAGUGCCAGCAGUUGUUGUCUCGUCUGCUGAUGCAGCUCGUGAGAUCAUGAAAACUCAGGACAUCAUUUUCUCAAACAGGCCAAAAGUGAGCAUUCCUGAUAAAAUUGUUUAUGGCUCUAAGGACAUAGCUUUUUCGCCUUAUGGUGAGCACUGGAGACAGGUGAGAAGUAUUUGUGUGCUACAUCUUUUGAGUAACAAGAGGGUUCAAUCUUAUAGUCAUAUAAGAAAAGAAGAAACAGAUCUUUUGAUCGAUAAAAUAAGACAGACAUCUUCUUCUCCCAUGUCCGUGACAAACAUGAGCAAUUUACUGGUGUCAGUUACUAAUGAUACGAUUUGUAGAGUGGCCCUGGGGAAGAAAUAUAGCGAUGGUGAAGCAGAAGGAAGCACCAAAUUUGAGUUGAUGUUGAAGGAAAUUAUGGAGCUAGCAGGCACUUUUAAUGCAGGCGAUUUCAUUCCAUGGCUUAAGUGGAUGAAUAAAGUUAAUGGCUUGGACAACAGAGUCGAUAAAGUGGCUAAAGCGUUCGAUGAAUUUUUGUCGGGUGUAGUUGAAGAUCAUAGAAAUAGAAAUCAAGGAAAGAUGGAUCGUGGUGACAGCAGCAAUGAAGCAGAUCUAGUGGACUUAUUGCUCGAAAUUCAAAGGGAAAGCAAGUCUAGUUUCGCCCUUGAUGAUGAGUCCAUCAAGGGCGUCAUUUUUGAUAUGUUUGGUGCAGGAACUGAUACAACAUAUACUUCUUUGGAAUGGACAGUGGCUGAGGCAUCAGGGCACCCACAUGCUGGGAUUCUGCCCACAGCAUGUACGCCCCGGGUGGUACCUAGGCUAGUGAGUGCACGCGAUGAUCUAGUGUCUAAUAUGCAUGAUGGAUAG